AUGUGCUUGCAGGUGGCCGCUUUGGAUGAGGCUCUGUACCGUGCACUUGGGCCAGACUACGAGCUGCAUGUGGUGCAGGUGGAUGCCGAAGAACAGCUUUACAGCAUCGAGGCCGAAACCGUGAAGAGCAGCCUUGCCAGAGCGGAGCAACGAGGCAUCUUCUACUUCCUGAGCCCACAGCAAGUCAAGGGUGCUUUCCGGACUAAGAGCUACCUUGUGCAUGAUGAGGCGCUCUUUGCACUAAUGGAACGGUUGGAAGAGGCGGGACUGCCGACCGUGUGGCCACACCCCUUGCAUCUUUUCAAGAUGCUGGCUGGCAAAGUCUGGCCUCCCCAGGUCUGCCUGUCGGCUGAAUAUCACGUGCCUUUGACGACCUGCGUCCCGCGCUGUGCCGUGCUUGCAGAUCCUCACAGGGCCGCUGAGGAGGCCCUUGAAGCGCUGAGAUUCCUUCGCCAGGCCGCUGCCAGGCCGCCGGAGGUUUCGGGGACAGUUGUCAAGGUGGGCUUCUCUUGGAAAUCUGAGGGAGUCACGCUGUGCCGGGAGACGGGAGAUCUGGAAGCCGCUUUGCAAAGUGCUGCAGCUGCCGGGAGUCACAGCUAUUUCAUGGUGCAGGAACGUGUGGAAGGCCUUUGCUGCGAGGCCAUGGUCUACACACUGGGCGGAAGAAUCGUGGGCCAUCCCCAGUAUUAUUCUUUUCCCUACCACAAGGCACCACCGCAGUACAUGCUGCGGAAGUCGGCUGCACAAGCCCUGGGGGGAGCAGCAGUCCAAAGCGAAUGUGAAGCAAAGAUGAAACAGAUCACACAGAGGUGGUUGGUUUGGACCCGGGCCCAGUCCUCUACUUUGGUGCCCUUCUUGCGGAUCGACUUCCUAUUGGCAGUAGAUCCAGCCUCCAAGGAAGUAAAGGUUUGGACGGGCGAGGUCAGUGAGCUAGGGGUGGCUGUCUCCUUGCAGGAAACUUGGUUGCUGUUAAGGAACCUUGUUUUAAGAUUGCUAUUUGUCUAA